UUUACGUCAUUGUCCUUGUUCUCCUCCGCGUUUUCCGAUGAACUUUCCCACCCGUCGUCGAUUCUCCAGUACCCGUCGGAGGCCAAGAAAGUCGUCGACGAGGUCGAUUUGCAUUGCACGAGCUGGAGAUUGGCGGCGGAGACGAACAAUCUCGCCCCUUGGAGCUCGAUUCCGGCGGAGUGCGCCGACUACGUCAAGGACUACGUGUUGGGUAGAGGCUACGUCACCGAUCUUGAGAGAGUCUCCGAAGAGGCUUCCGUCUUCGACAUCGACGACGGCAAAGACGCUUGGGUUUUCGACAUCGACGAGACUCUCUUGUCUAAUCUUCCCUAUUACAACGACCAUGGCUUUGGGCUUGAGCUGUUUGAUCACUCAGAGUUCGAUAAAUGGGUUGAGAGAGGAGUGGCACCAGCCAUAGCACCAAGCUUGAAGCUUUACCAAAGAGUUAUUGAUUUGGGGUACAGAGUUUUCUUGCUUACGGGGAGGAAAGAGAGCCACAGGCUUGUCACUGUCGAAAACCUCAUCAAUGCCGGUUUCCAGAACUGGGACAAGCUCAUUCUCAGAUCUCCAGAUGAACAGCACAAGAUGGCUACGCUGUACAAAUCUGAGAAGAGGGAUGAGAUGGUGAAAGAGGGGUAUAGGAUUAGAGGCAAUUCAGGUGACCAAUGGAGUGAUCUGUUGGGUUCUUCCAUGUCUCAGCGAUCUUUCAAACUUGCAAAUCCAAUGUAUUAUAUCCCCUGAAGAGUGACGAGUGAAGGCAAGGGGAGCUUUAUUCAAUAUUUUUCUAGAUUGUAUAGACUUGCUUACCAGAGAGUAAUCAAAGUUUUAUGACUGCCACGA